CUCUUUUUGGGGUCUUUCUAGCUAGCCUUGCUUGAAUUUUUUUAUGCUUUCUUGAUUGGUCUGUUCCGUUAGUUCAUCUCUUGACAAUCCCACCCUUUAAACACCCCUCUAUCUCUCCCUUAAGAGAAGAAGAAGAAGAUUUUUUGUGUGCUGGCUUCUCUUCUCUUUAGGGUCUUUAUCAGUUGCGGGUAGGGAGAGAAGGAGAGAGACCAAGAGAGGAGGCGUUUUGGGGUUACCUGGCUAGCUAGUUUCCAUUUUUGCCACCUUUUUUCCCGCCCAAAUCUUGUCCACCAAUCUAGCUCAAUUCGAUAAUGAGAGACAAUGAGAGCUUAUGAUGUUGAAAAACAUUUAUCUUUCAACAAUAUUGAAUCAUUGAUGAUAAUAAUAUUUGGUCAUUAGGGUUUUCUUUCUUUUCUUUUCUUUUUCUUUUUUUUUUUGGCUUUUCUCUCUGUUGAUCUCUCCUAUUUAACCCUACUUAUUUCCCAUUCUUCCAUUCCUCUCUUUCUCAGCUUUUUUCUUUGAAGAGUUUGUGUCGUUCUAUGCUUGCAUCCUUGGGAUCCAUUCCGACAACUAGACAAGCAGAUUUGUUUUGUUGGAGUAAUAGAACAGGAGCUUCCUCUAUAGUUGGAGUGAAGUUGAGAGCUAGCUACCACAAGUUUCUGUAUCAUCAUUCUACUUUUGGAGAAAAAAGGGUUCUUCUUUGUUGAAUUCAAGGCAGUUUCAAUCAACAAUACAGAUCUGUGGAUUGCAAGGACUAGAGAUCUUGGUUUUUUGCUCUGACCCAAGACGCAGCACGAGAAUAUGAAUACUUUUACACAUGUUCCUCCUGGUUUCCGGUUCCAUCCUACCGACGAAGAACUUGUCGAUUACUACCUUAGAAAAAAAGUGAAUUCAAGAAGGAUUGACGUAGAUGUCAUUAAAGAUGUCGACCUUUACAAAAUUGAGCCAUGGGAUCUUCAAGAACUAUGCCGAAUAGGAACCGAGGAACAAAAUGAAUGGUACUUUUUUAGCCACAAAGAUAAGAAGUAUCCGACUGGAACUCGCACAAAUAGAGCCACUGCUGCUGGGUUUUGGAAAGCAACAGGUAGAGACAAGGCAAUUUAUUCGAAGCAUGACUUGAUCGGAAUGAGGAAGACCUUGGUCUUUUAUAAAGGUCGAGCUCCGAAUGGGCAGAAAUCGGACUGGAUUAUGCAUGAAUACCGACUCGAAACAGAUGAAAAUGGGACUCCACAGGAAGAAGGUUGGGUAGUGUGUAGGGUGUUCAAGAAAAGAUUACCAACGAUGCGAAAAGUGAGUGAGCAUGAAUCAGUCUGUUGGUAUGAUGAUCAAGUUGCAUUCAUGCAUGACUUGGAUUCACCAAAGCAAAAUUCUCAGCCUGAUUUGGGUUAUCAAUUCCCAUACCCCUGUAAGAAAGAGAUAGAUUUGCAGUACCAAAUCCCUCAUGAUCACUUCCUCCAACUCCCACUUCUACAAAGCCCUAAACUGCUGCAAUCAGCUCCAACUAUAAGCUGCAAUUCCAUCAGUGCUGCAUAUGGCCUGGACAUAAACCAGGCAAGCACUAUACAAUCCUCAACACUCACACAAGAAGAUCAUAUUCAACAAGCACAUGAGCAAAACUUUCCCUCUAUCUAUGGUAACAACAGCAUUAAUGAGCAAGCAGUUGAUCAAGUGACAGACUGGAGAGUACUUGACAAAUUUGUAGCUUCUCAAUUGAGCCAAGAAGAUGUGGUCAAGGAAAACAACCACCCAAAUGCCAGCAACAACAUCUUCAACACAUCAUCAAUCCAUGCACCAAACAUAUUUGUUCGACACUUGAAUAAGCAAGAUACAUCCGUGCCAGAAAAUGCCUCGACGUCAACCUCCAGUUGUCAAAUUGAUCUAUGGAAAUGAUGAUAUCUCCAGUUAAGAACCACGCUGCAUGGUAUAUACUAAUCAUAGGAUGUUUCAAUUUGAAUGCAAAGGGAAAUUAUGAUUCUAAGUUCCUGUACAUAAUAAAACUUAAAACAACAUAUAUAUAACCUUUAACUGCUGUUGUCCUAGCUAGCAUGUAUGUUAAGUUUAUACUGCAAGACUAGACUGUUGGGGAAGAAAACAAAUUAUGUUCAAUUUCUUG